AAAGCAAAAGCUAGGCUGGUUUCGAUUAACGAAUUCAUAACUACAAAAAUAUCAGUUAGCUGACUGGACAAAUAGCCAUCCUCAACAUCAACAGCAACAGCAGCACUCUUAACUGCAUAACAUUGUAUUUGAUAUCUAUCAAUCCAUACAUGAAGUAUACUCAAUAAAACAAUCUAUCCAGUGUUAAAUGUCCAAUGUAUCACAUUACGCGUCAUUCAGUUAGGACAUUGAUCUUUUUAAUAUGUAUAUUAUACUGUGUUCAAGGUGAACGUGUUCGACGAUUAAAACGUCAGGCUGAAGAUGCUCCUAGUUCUGGGACCAAAGGUCCAGCACCAUUUGGAGUAACAACCUACAGAGUUGGAGCAAUGGGAGUUCAAGGAGAACGUGGACCUCCUGGACCACCCGGUCCAGACGGUCCACCAGGUCCAAUGGGUUCGGCAGGACCACCAGGAAAACCAGGAGGACCAGGAAUUCCUGGACCUGUUGGUGUUCCUGGACCUCCAGGAGCAGACGGAAAACCAGGUCGAGAUGGAGAGGCUGGAAACCCAGGUCCUUCCGGAGAAGUCGGUCCUCCAGGUCCAUCCGGACCCACAGGACCACCUGGAUUGAAAGGGCCUAUCGGAUUGAAAGGUAAAAAGAGUGAGAGAGGUGAUCCUGGAAGAGAUGGUCCAGAGGGUGCUCGUGGAGAUUUAGGUGCUCCUGGAUUGAUGGGACGAACUGGAGCUCGAGGAGGUAUGGGACCAGUUGGUCCACCAGGAACACCUGGACAAGUUGGUCCUGCUGGAGCAGAUGGUCUUCCAGGAGUUCAAGGCCCACCAGGUCCACAAGGUUUACCUGGAGAACCAGGUGCAAUUGGUCCGACUGGUGAUCGAGGAGAAGUUGGUGAAGUUGGAAUACGUGGAGGCAUUGGCGAGCCUGGCAAACCUGGGCUUGAUGGAAAACCAGGUAGACCUGGGGAACAAGGAAUUCAGGGUCCACCCGGGAAAGAUGGUAUACAAGGGCAGAAAGGUGAUAUAGGCUUCCGAGGACCACUUGGACCAGAAGGUAUGCCAGGACCUCGAGGAGCACCUGGCGCAUCGGGUUCACAAGGUGAACAAGGAAGCAAAGGGUCUGUUGGUGUUUCUGGGCCACCAGGAAAUCGUGGACCUCAAGGAAAUUCUGGCCCACCAGGUGUUAUAGGCCCUCGUGGCUUACCAGGACCUGUUGGAGAAAUUGGAAAACCAGGCAUCCCAGGUUCUCAAGGCCCACCUGGUGCCAAAGGGUCAGCUGGAGCGGCUGGUUCUCCGGGUGCCCCAGGUCGACCGGGUAUUGAUGGAAGAUCAGGUGUUCCGGGGCCCCCAGGAAAAAGUGGUCCAAUGGGGAAAAGUGGUCCGAGAGGAGAACCAGGUCAGGCUGGACAGGAUGGUAAGCCAGGGAGGACUGGUCCUUCUGGACCACCUGGAGAGAACGGUAGGGAUGGAAUUCCUGGAGCUUCGGGUCCACCUGGGCCUAGAGGUCAACCAGGCAAAGCUGGAUCAAGUGGACAUCCAGGGACGGUAGGAUCAAGUGGACCACCAGGACCACAAGGAGAAAUUGGACAACCGGGUCCCCAAGGUGAACGAGGCCUUCCUGGAUCAGUCGGUUCGGCUGGUCCAAAAGGCGAGAAAGGUGAAAAAGGUCCAACAGGAGAACCAGGAGCACUUGGCGAUGCGGGUCCUCCAGGGCCUCAAGGAAAACAAGGAGCGAUUGGCGAGAAAGGAUUUUCAGGUUUGGUUGGAAAUGUUGGUUCUCCAGGUUUACGAGGACCGCGUGGAGAUUCUGGCCCACCUGGUGAUGCUGGUAAAGAUGGAACACCAGGAACAGAUGCUCCAGAUGGUGAAAUUGGUGCACCAGGCCCAGAAGGACCACAAGGUCCUGUAGGUCCGGCAGGUCUUCCAGGACCUCAGGGUUUACCUGGAACGAAAGGAGAACCUGGUAGUAUAGGACCGAUUGGUAUACCUGGACGCAUGGGAGUAAUGGGAAUACCUGGUGCACCUGGUCCUUCUGGACCAACCGGUCCACCAGGUUUCAAAGGCGAUCGUGGUAUUUCUGGAGCAAAUGGAAUGCCAGGAAAAGAUGGUCAACCCGGAAAUCCUGGACCUGUGGGGGCAAGAGGGCCACCUGGUGCAAUCCAUUUGACUGGAAGAUCAGUUGGAAUUGUUGGGCCACCUGGCCCGAUUGGAGAUGUCGGUGCUCCUGGAGAACUUGGAGUUCCUGGAUUAUCUGGACAACCUGGUCCCGUGGGUCUCCCAGGUUCAAGUGGAACACCCGGUAAACGCGGACCAGCUGGUUCUGCUGGACCACCCGGAAGCCCAGGUGCAAAUGGUCAUGCAGGCAUUAGAGGUCGAGCUGGUAGUCCAGGUCAACUUGGUGGCCAAGGUCCACCUGGUGUCCAAGGUCCUGCGGGCGUCCCUGGUAUCAGAGGACCUCAAGGCCCUCGCGGUUUACCGGGUCGCCAAGGCAUGCAAGGUACCCCAGGAAAAGCUGGGUUAAGUGGUUCACAGGGUGAGACUGGUCUACCCGGCAAGCCUGGGAAACAGGGUCCUACAGGGCCACCUGGACCAGCUGGUAAGGAUGGUGAUCCUGGAGAACCUGGCCCUCCUGGAGCACUUGGCGAACCUGGAGAUGUUGGCAGCCCCGGAGCGCCUGGGAGAGAUGGAUCAAUUGGAAUGAUUGGUAUGCGUGGAUCGUCAGGAGGACCUGGACCAAGAGGACCACCUGGCCCACUUGGUUUAAGUGGUCCACAAGGAGCAGCUGGUCCGACUGGACCCCAGGGUCCUGAAGGACCAAGAGGUGCAAAAGGUGUUAAAGGACCACCCGGAUCAGAAGGACUUGAAGGGCCACCAGGAGAAGAUGGUGGACAGGGUCCAGAGGGAUUGGCUGGACCACCCGGUGAACCUGGGUUUGAUGGACCUCGAGGUCAACGUGGCGCUCCUGGUCCCAUGGGUCCUGUUGGAGAAGUAGGAGCUCCUGGUCAAGAUGGUAGACCCGGCCCACAAGGAGAACGUGGUGUUUCUGGAAAACCUGGUCUCCCAGGACCACCAGGAGCAAAAGGAGCUGAAGGGGAGAUUGGAGCUGAUGGACAAGAUGGAUCUAGCGGUCUUCCAGGAAGUCCAGGUGGUAGAGGUCAUCCUGGAUGGUCUGGACCUCCAGGGCCACCAGGUCCUCCUGGUCCUGAUGGUGUUCGUGGAGAUCCCGGUGAAAUAGGUUAUGCUGGAAAUCCAGGACCAGCGGGUGAAAGUGGGCCUAUUGGUGAAAGUGGAGCGAAAGGUCCUAAAGGACAAAGGGGAGAAACAGGAUUACCUGGUCCACCAGGCCCUUCAGGUCGAGACGGGUCCUCUGGACCUCCUGGGCCGAUAGGACCUCCAGGACCACCUGGACCACCUGGUAUGCCAUCUAUACAAUUACCAAUAACCAGUCGGAGUACAAAAGCUGGAAAUAUUUAUGCUGACGACCCAUUAGCAGGAAGAAUUAUGGGAACUUAUGAAAAUCUGAGACCAAGGGGAACGAGAUCUGCACCUGCAGUAACUUGUAAACAGCUGGGGCAAUACAACAAAGACCUACCUGAUGGUUAUUAUUGGAUUGAUCCAAAUGGAAAUGAGAUUAAUGAUGCUGUACAAGCUUAUUGCAAAUUUAAGACAAGUGAAACAUGUAUCCGAUCGAAACAAGAAGAAGUGAAUCUAAAUUAUUUCGAUAAUAUGAAUUCAACUAUGGAAGGAAGGGAUUUAGGCGGUCAGUUCCAUGAAUUUACGUAUGAAUUAGAAGGAAAUCAACUAGAAUUCUUAAAACGCCACAGUUUAAUAGGCGUACAACAGAUUUAUGAAGACUGUUCAAAAUUGAAUGGAAGAUUAAUACCUAGUGAAUUAAUCACACAAAGUGUUACAUUAUUUACCGAUAAUGGAAAUGAACUCUCUUAUGGUCAUCCUUAUCUUGGAUAUGAAAUCAUUCGAAAUUCUUGUCGCGUAAGUUUUAAUUUUAUUAAUAAUGAAAUUAGUGGUGGAUAUUAAAGCAUUUUUAAUGGAAAAUAUUUUUUAAAGAUAAUUUUUGUCAAUAGAUGGUGGAACAAUCGUAUUGCAUUAUGAAGUGGCGUAAUUUACGAAAGGAUGUCAACAGCUGAUAUUCAUCCCAGUAGUUUUAGAUAAGGUCAGAAACUCAAGAACAUCGUAUUUUAUGUUUCAUAUUAGAGUAAAGUUAAAUCUAUUACUGGAGUGACCAAGAGCAUUCCAAUAUUAAUGUUGAUAUUGUAUGCAAUGAGGUGCUCAUGUAAUUAGUAAGAAUAUCAUAGUUUCUUCCUCCUAUCGCUCUGUUGAGAUGUAAAGAGAAAAAACCUAAUAUGCAACUGGAAGAACUCUUUUUACUUCGUAUGAAAUACAUUAAGUAUAUCGAAGGAAAGAUCUAAUUUCCUCAGAUCAAUUGAAAACGAGUGAAACCAUCCAGUAUGCUUUUUUGGAUCACAAAGUGGCAUUUUAUUGAGUCAACCGUGAGGUUCAAACACUUAUACUUCAGUAAGUAAUAAUUUACAGUGUUUAUUUCUAUUUUUGGCGUUCCUUAUAAAUUACCAUUACACUACCAGCAUACCAAUGACUUGGAAACCCCCUGUGACUAUGUAUGAAACUUAAGGUACUUUUUCAAUACCAUUCACAAUUGAUUUUCACCCAAUUCAGCCUUCAUAUAAGGCAUUAUAAAGUAUAUAUAACAGUAGUUUCUGAAUUCUCUGGCAACGAACCAACCAAGAACCUAUCACCCAACAAAUAUGGUGAAGAAAAUGGAGAUGGAUUGGGCAUGCACUGAGAAGACCAUUCAGGAACAUCACGCGCCAGGCACUCGAGUGGAAACCAGAUGGGAAACGGCAAGUUGGGCGUCCGAGGGUGACAUAGAGAGAGAGCUUCUGGGAAGUGGUGGGGCCAGGUUAAAAAGAUUUCAGAGGACAGAGUGGAAUGGAAACGUGCUAUUGAAGCCCUAUGUUCUAUUAGGAACCCAAUGGAUAAAUAAUAUAAUAAUAAUAGUCUCUGAAUUCUUCCACCAGUAGUACACUGUAUAACCUAAUCUUUUUCAUAAAGUUGAGAUCAUUUAAUAAGUUUAUUAGCUCGUAUCUAUUAUAAAGAAGUUUUCAGUGGUUAUUAUUAAUAUUAUCCUUACUGUCAAUAUCAUGAUGUCAUGGUGUAACGGUUUUGACCUUGAACACAAGGUGCUAUAAACUUGCAAAUGAUUUUCGAUUGCAGUCAUUUUGUUCAACUUAUUGGUAGAUAUUAAGUUAAAUGUUAGUUCAAAUUUCUAAAAACAUUUUGUAGAUAGCUAAAAGUCUAUCUUGUACUUGUAGUAUAAGAAAGUUAACUUUUCUAACCAUUUAAACAUUGAACUAAUGGGCAUUAAUAUGAAUAACUAAAUUUAAAGUAUACAACUUGUUAUACUUAGCAUCUUUGUUGAUUAAUAGGCAUGGCUUUUUUUAUUCGACGACUUACAAAAUACACAUAUUACUUUACAAUCUCUCAGGUCAGUACUAUUUUACACAUUUUUAUCGUGAAUAUCAUCAAAGUUUUAUAACCAAGUAUGAAAAUGGUUUUAUAUGUUUUUUGUAACCGUUUUUGUUAACUAUGGAGAAAAACACAACAUAUCGACAUUGAUACAGGACGAUGUUAAAAGGUGAAAUGAAAACCUGGUUGGUGGUAGAACUAAAACUAAAUGGUCUCUGGAUAUCAACCUGCAGUUCUACCACCUGAGUCUUAUGACCCAGCUGCUGAUCAAGCCGUUUUCCGGAGGUCACUUGUUUGAAUCUUACUGAAUAAUGAUACAGAUAAAUUAAUGAAACGAAGUGUCAGAUGAGUAUGAACGUGAAUCUGUAUGUUGAAAUAGGAUUACCAUUUUGACUAUGUGAGUGAGAUAGCCGUGGUUUAUCAGACUAGUAGCGAUACUGGAUGAUGGUUGAAGGGAAAAUGAAAAUUUGGGCAGCGGCUGGAUUAGAAUUAGAGACCAUAGGGUUUCCGGACCGAUACUCUGCUAAAUCAGACCAAACUGCUGACCAAAUUUUGAUUUCACUUCAAUCACCAAGGUUUUUGCCAAACUGCUUUGUGAAUUCGUGACUCAUUACUACCACUUGAUCGUACUCACACUGGCUACCAAGUCAGGACCUCUCACCCCAAUCAAAAUCUAACUGAAUUAGAGAGAGAGAGCAUCAUAGUGAUAAUGAUUUCGACUAUCUGAGUGAGACAGCCGUAGUUUUCUAGACUAGUAUUGAUACUGUAUGAUAAUUGAAGUUGAAAUGAAAAUUUGGGUCCCAGAGGGAUUCAAACCAGCAUCUACCGGGUUUAGUUAAUCAACAAUAGUGAGAAAAUUAAUUGGUAACCAUUAAACCCUUAUCAAUCGAUGAGAAGCUGUUGCUUCUUCUGUUACAGCAGCAUAUUACUAUUAAUUAUCGGUUCUCACAAGAAGCCAGUUAAGUGAAGAUAUAAACAAACUGGGUAAACUGAUUUGGCUGUGUGGUAUUUUUAUUUUAUUUGAAAGAUCGGUUCAAUCUUUCAUACUUUUCAUUCUAUACUAUUCCUUUCUCUACUUCUUGUUUCUUUUUUUCACCAAUAAUCUAGGCUUCAUCAAAAGUGAAAAACACUGCUCUUUUAGUUAAAGGUUCAACAAUCCGAUUUCCAAUACGUGGUAUUCAACUACUCAGUUCAUCCAUAUCUUUCAACUCAAUUCAGAUUGGAGAUGUGUGCUUUCAAUAGAUAAAUAAUAAUAAAUAUGAAUAAUUCAAAAUCUUCCUAGUUGUUAGGCUGUACGUUUGUAUUGAUCGGGAAUAUCUUGAUAUUCAAUUAAUUUCUUCCUAAAUUCUUCUGUCUUUUUCUCUGCCUGUCUACUUGCUUACCUGUCUCUGUUUACAAAUGUAACUGUUGGCAGAUUUAGAGAAUAACAAACAUCUGAAUGAAGAGAGGUAAAGAAAAAGAAGUUAGAAGUUUUCAGGACGUUUUUUCAAAGCAAAAUAAAUUCAGAAACAAAUGUUACUGUUUACUUGUACAACCACAUCACACUG